AUGAUUGUUCUGCAAGCCAAGCGGAGGAUCAUGAUAAACUCGACUCAGUUUUCAUACUUCACAUUAAAUGCCAACAUUGACAGCAGUCACUUAAAAUAUUUAUUUUUUGUGAUUCUCAUGUCUAUGUAUAUUUUAAUUAUUUGUGCCAAUGUUUUGCUCAUUGUGGUUAUCUGUAUGAACAGAAGCUUACAUGAACCUAUGUACUUUUUUCUGUGCAGCCUGUUUGUAAAUGAACUGUAUGGUAGCACAGGGUUGUUUCCAUUCCUUCUGGUUCAGAUCCUCUCUGACAUUCACACUGUUUCUACUUUCUUUUGUUUCCUGCAGAUUUUCUGUGUGUAUUCUUAUGCAAAUGUGCAGUUUUGUAACUUAGCCAUCAUGUCUUAUGACAGAUACCUCGCUAUCUGUUUUCCUCUGCAAUAUAACACACGUAUGACGUCUAAAAAGGUUGCCAUGCUUAUUGCUAUAACAUGGUUAUUCCCAUUUAUUGAAGUUGCUGUCAUGGUAUCUUUGAGUGCUCCUUUACAGCUGUGUGGAAACAUUAUUAACAAAGUGUACUGUAACAACUACUCUGUGGUCAAACUGGCAUGCUAUGACACCACCGUCAAUAACAUUUAUGGAAUUAUUUACACAAUUUUAAUAAUUGUUGGUGUUGUAACUUUAAUUCUUUACACAUACAUAAGGAUUCUUAAAGUCUGUUUUUAUGGUUCUAAACAGACCAGACAGAAAGCUGUCAGUACCUGCACACCUCACCUUAUUUCUCUGCUCAACUUCUCUUGUGGUUGUUUCUUUGAAAUAAUGCAGAGCAGAUUUGAUAUGAGCAGUGUACCCAAUAUGUUGCGCAUUGUUUUAUCAUUAUACUUCCUCACUUGCCAACCGCUCUUCAACCCUGUACUGUAUGGAUUGAAAAUGUCUAAAAUACAUAGAUUAUGUAAAAGUCUUGUCUUCAGUAAAAUGUAA